UCGCGGAUGUUUCAUAUACUCUGUUGCCUUUCAAGUUCUUGAUAAAAUAGUGAAAUAUUUUUCUUAGGUUCUGCUAGUCAAAGUAAACUAAUUUCCAUUUGCAAUUUAAAACCGUAUUGUUCUGCGAAUGUGUCAUUGCAAAUGAUGAAACUUGUACAUUCUGUACACGUCUACGUAUGUUUGGUAUUUUUGCUAUCGAUUACAGAAGCUUCCGAUGAAGCUAAAGUUGAUAAAGUGCAUGUAGACUGCAGUACGUUAAGAUUGGGACAAUUUAUUUGUCCAAACCCAAGUAUUGAUCAAAUAGAUCCAGACACACAACAAUUCAGAGGAUGUAUAAAAGGAAAGGAAAUUCCGUCCGAAGGUGAAGCCGAAGUGGAGUGUAUAGCAGCUGAUGGAAUAAUAUGUAAUGAAACAAAAAAUGGAACAUUUACAAGGAAACUACCAUGUAAAUGGACGAAUGGAUAUUCUCUAGAAAUUGCUUUAUUACUAUCUGUAUUCCUGGGAAUGUUUGGAUUGGAUCGCUUUUAUUUGGGAUAUCCUGGAAUGGGUUUAGCAAAACUAUGUACUCUGGGAUUCAUGUUCCUUGGACAGUUAUUAGACAUUAUAUUAAUAGCUGCACAGGUUGUGGGACCUUCAGAUGGGUCUGCUUAUGUCAUUCCAUAUUAUGGUGCUGGAGUUACUGUUGUUCGGAGUGAUAAUGAGACUUACCUACUACCACAACCAGAUUGGCAUAACAUCACCUGACAGUGGGGAACAAUAUCCUUCGAAGUUGAUGAGGAUUAUGAGUGGACUUAAUGUGUUUUUGUAUUUAUGUGAUGUUGGACAUUACAUAAAUGGUGAUUAAGACAUUUAAAUAGAUUUUAAAGAGUUACAACUCUAUGUUACUAUUGAAUUUGACUUGUACAUACAUUUAAUAUUCAGAAAGAGUCACACAUUAUCUAGUGAGUGUUUUGAAUACUGUUAAAUUUUAUGUGAAUGUUAUUCGAAACUGAGAAAUAAAUAUAAAUUAUACAAAGAUUUUUA